AUGGCUGAGCCGGAACGGGUCUGCCUUCCCACGCGGUCCACCCGCGGAAAACGCGUGUCGGAGCUGGUGGGAGAGGACCUAGACGCGGAUGAGGAGUUUUGGAAUCAAAAGGCGUUUCAGGAGGAGGCAGAGGAUGUGGAGUUUGCAAUGGAGGGCGAGGUGGAGGAGGACGUUUUCGACAGCGACUUUGAUGAUGACGAACCGGACAAUGAGGAGGAGGAAGCUGGCACAGAAGUGAAAGAGAGACCCACCAAGCGCCGUCUCAUGCCCCCAGGCACAAAAAAGAAGCCAAAAAAACCCACGAAGACAGGAAAGAAGGGCGCGGGAGGAAAGAAACUUCCAACAGAGAAGGGGAAAACGGGGUGUACGGUUGGCGAGGAGGCGACGGGUGAUGGGGCGGAGGGGGAGAAGGGGAAGAGUAAAGCUGGGAAGAAGAGUGGCUUAGGAAAGAGUAGGCAGAGGCGUGAGCUGGCUCUGCUGGGAGUGGGGCGAGGGAAACGGGAAGCGGAGGAGGUAGGUGGGGGAGAGGAGAGAGAGUGGGGAGAGGCAGGAGAGGAGGUAGAAGAGCUAAUUGGUGAUGCCACAGUAGAUUUGACAGAAGAGAAUUGGGGAGCGGGAGGAGGGAGAGAGGGAGGCGGGAGGGAGGGAGGAGGGAGGGAGGGAGGAAGGGUGGAGAGGAGGAAAUCUAGGAGGACAGCGGUGGUGGUGAGGGACAUGGAGAGGCAGAUGCUGAGGGCUGCGAGGGAGGGGGUGCCCAAGGCGGUGAGGAAGAGGAAGGAGGGCGAGCGGCGGUGGACACAGGAGGAGAUGCUGCUGGAAGCAGCGCAGACAGAGAUUCUGAACCGGGAGGCCCUUGCAGUGAUGCUGGCAAGGGAGGAGGAGGUGAAGCGGAAGGCCGUAGUGGAGAAGGCAAUCUUUGGCGGGCCGCAGAUCCGAUUCCACUCCAAGGACGGGAAGAACACCCUUGAGUUCACCAAGGUUGUAGCUGUUCCUCCAGAGAUAAACGCAAAGGCACCUUCCUACCCUGCCAAGCCCACAUGUGUGAUCACAGGUCUACCAGCAAAGUACCGAGACCCGCUCACAGGCCAGCCGUACGCCACUAUCGAGGCCUUCAAGGUCAUCCGGCAAAUGUGGCAGGAGGAGCAAGCUACAAAGAAGAGGCUGCGGAAAGCGGCAAAGGCGGAGGCGAGAAAGAGGUCAGAGGCAGGCAUGGGAGGGAAGGCAGCAUCCCAGGAGGGACAUGGGCGUUACCGCAAGAGCAGAGUGAUAGAGUCAUUCCUGAACAAUCUAUAG